AUUUGGAUCGGGCGCUGAUUUUGUAACACUACAUUUAGCAUUUCAAGCUGCUGAACAGGACGAUUUUGUUUUUAUUUUCCUGCAUUUCUUUGCUCUUUUUACAUUUUUAACCUCUACAGUAUUCCUGCAAAAUGUCAAGACCCGUGAGGAACAGGAAGGUGGUGAAUUACUCACAGUUCAAUGAAUCUGAUGAUGCAGAUGAGGACUAUGAGAGAGAUUCGGAGAGGCCCACAAAAAUGCGUGCAGCGCCACGUGAAAUCAAGCACAAGAGGUCUAAAAGCUCACAGGAUGACAGUGAGGACUCUGAUGACAAACUUUCCAAAUCCAAAAAUGAUUCAGCAGAUGAUUUUGGUAGUGAUGACAAUGACUUUGGGGAGGAAGAUGAUGAGGAUGGAGGCAGUGACUAUGAAACUAAGCGCACCAAAAAAGGGAAGAGGGGCAAGGUGGAGAAGUCGAAUAAAAGAUCCACAAAGAGGAAACGAGAUGCAGAUGACAGUGAUGAUGACAGGGAGGCAAGCCGAAAGGUGCGGCAGGUGCGCCAAGCUGCGUCCAAGGCCGCUUCGAAACAGCGAGAAAUUCUGCUGGGUGACGGAGGGAGCGAGGACGAAGACAAAGAUGAAGAAAAGCAGGCCUACGUAGACCAGGAGUCUGGAAGUGAUGAGGACUUCAUGGUGGAUGAUGAUGAUGACAGUGAUUAUGGGCACUCCAAAAAGAGAGGCAAGAGGGUGAUCCGACGAAGCCGGACAGAGAGGAAGGAGAAGAAAUCUCCUAAACCCAGGCUAAAGGCUACAGUCACCCCCAGCCCCAUGAAAGGCAAGGGCAAAGGUCGUCCCAGCGCAGCGAAGGCCUUGGAAAAGUCCUCGCCCAAAGAGGAGGAAGAGGCCGACCCCGAGAGCCCCCUAGAGGAUGAAGACGAAGAUGAGAUGGAGAAGAAGGACUCACCUCCCCCCAACAAGAGAAAGGAGGAUGCCCCUGAUGAUGAAGAAGAAGAGGAAGAGGAAGAUGGAUCAGAAGAGGAGGCACCAUCUGGGGAAGACUAGCCAGGUGGCGAAGGGUUGCCCUGCCUC